AUGCCAGCUUCCGAGACGAAGCUUCCAAAGCGGCGAAUCUGGGUCAUGCAUCCGACUGAAUCACCAUUGAAAGUCGCCUUGCAACAGGUAUUUCUUCUCGUGAAUCAUGACUCUCAGGGCGUAUCAGCCAUGGAUGAGGUGUACGCAUUCGCAGAGCUUACAUCUGAUCAUGGCCCACGUGAUCAAACUGGUUCUCCUCUUCCAUUCACCCCCAGCACCUCCAAGUCUCUCUCCCGAUAUAAUCGCCCUUUUCUGUUCGGUCUAUCGAUCCAGAAAUCAAACACUAUGCACCUCAUCAAACAUGAUCAACGCGGCAUUACCGCAACCCCAUUUCACAUCCAUCGUUAUCCAUGUGCAGUCCUCGGCUGCAUCAGCACUUUGGCUACGUGUGAUAGCUAUGAUCUAGGCUGUUAUCACACAGAUGAGUCCGCUUCCAUUCAACACGACACUGUAUCCUCCCGAUACAUCAAGACAACUUAUCACCAAAAAGCUACUCGUUCGCGACAGAGUGCAGAUCGUCACACACGCGUCAGACUAACAAGACCACCCGUCUUCGGGUCCUUCGACGGAUCCUUGUUUCCUUGUAAUUGCCCCUUUGGAUGGAAAUUUAUCGUAGAUUGCGGUGCCGCCCCCCGGGACCACGCACAGUUUCUGGAUGAACUGAAAACCCUCAAAGGGGUACCAAAAAUAGGGGCAUAUCGAUCCAUGGCGCUCGACUGCAUGAUCACCCACGACAAGAGACUUUUCGGUCCACAGCACCAGAUAGUGGAGAGCGUCAUCCAAACCGUAGAGCACCUCGUCAGCAUCACCUACUUUUCAUCCCGCAAGGAGUUUUUCUCGGCGAUAAUAUCAUGCAUAGACACCCACCGUACCGCGUAUUUCUCGCACAAGCUGCUUCAUAAUGACAUCAAUCCGCGUUCCGUCUGUCUGCACGUGAAUGAUCCAAGUGAUGAGAGUGUCAUACCGUUUUGGAAUUCGGAUGGAACGCCUCCCGUACGGCAAGCGAUGCUCUGCGGAUGGAGAUUCGCAAAACACAUGGACCCUGAACACAAGAAGACAAGUUUCUAUAGAUUCUCGGAAUACUUAGCAACAGAAAUAUUGUGGCACAAGAGUUGUUCGCCACGACGAAGACACGAUCUGGAAUCGUUCCUCUGGGUCAUGCUUUCCAUUUGCAUCAAUUUUAUCGGGCCUUAUAGCCAAAAACGCACGGUACUACCUAGCUGCGUACCCAACUGGCUGCAGCCAGAUUGCCUGCCUUCCCAUCGCCUAGACAUAUCUCAGGAGAGAUUCCAGGUGGAGGACUGGUCUUCCACCUGCAGUGCGUGCUUUUCAGAUUACUUCAACCAUCCGCCUAUUGUGAAAGGUCUUGCAAAUCUCGCCUCAAAGCUGUCGCCUCCGGGCUCCUUGAAAAUUAAACCCAAUGGCAGCAAGUCUGCCACAUUCCCGGAAAAUCCUGUCACGCACGAUGACAUGAUCUUAGUGCUGAAAGAUAUCGUAGCAGAGCUUCCAGUAGAACAACCACCGUCGGAAGAUGAUGUCCGAAAAGCAAGGGAAAGAUAUAGAAGUAUACAGAGUUCAGUAUCUUACCGCGCUCCAAAUAUCUACAACUGAUCGCUAUCGCCGAUCCAUAUAGAUGAGAUAAUCAACGCACAUUCCUUCGUAAUAUUAGUACAAGCUUAAUCAUCAUCUGGAAGGUGUCCGAUCU